AACUCCCGUGUUUGACCAUAUCCCCAAGCUUCCCCGCACCAUCUCCAAAGGCGAAGCAAAAGCUGCUCACGGAAGUCGGCUUUUCUUAAACUUUCUCGCAUUUUGUAUUAAUAAUAAGGCAGGGGGUAUUAAUUCAGAUCAUGGACAGGCUUCUUCGUCCAGUAUCACGACAAUUGCUCAGAUCCAGACCCCGAUAUCCAUUUACAAUCCCACCACCAGUUUACGCUAAGAGACUAUACAGUAUGGGCCAUACUGUGCCGCCGCUGAAAGAUCAAUCUCUCUUUAUUGAGAAGGCAUAUGUCAAUGGGGAAUGGGUAGGUGCCCAGUCAGGGCAAACAUUUGAAGUUCACGAUCCUGCUUCAGGAAAGCUCAUCGGAACAUGCCCUGAGUUCAAUGCUGCCGACACCGAAAAGGCCAUUCAGGCUGCCACAGAGGCUUUCCCUAAAUUCCGCACAACAUUGGCCCGCGAGCGUGCUCGGAUGCUGCGCCGGUGGUACCAGUUGAUGAUCGACAAUGCCGAGGACUUAGCAACAUUGAUCACUUGGGAGAACGGAAAGCCGCUCGCGGACGCCAAGGGUGAGGUGAACUACGCCGCAGGUUUCUUUGAGUGGUUCAGUGAGGAGGCGCCCCGAAUUUAUGGAGACACUAUUCCUUCCUCGGUGGCAGGUAACAGAGUUAUGACCCUCAAACAGCCUGUGGGCGUUUGCAGCUUGAUCACCCCAUGGAACUUUCCUGCAGCAAUGAUCACUCGGAAGGCUGGGCCAGCGUUGGCGGCAGGCUGUACUGUUGUGGUCAAGACUCCAGGGGAGACCCCAUUCACUGCAAAUGCAUUGGCAGAAUUGGCACACCGUGCUGGUAUCCCGAAGGGUGUUUUCAACAUCGUGACUUCCCUGAAGAACACACCAGAGGUAGGCGAAGCGUUGACUACCCACCCGGAAGUUCGCAAGGUGUCCUUCACUGGCUCAACCAAUGUGGGUAGGCUGUUGAUGAAACAGUCGUCUUCUACCGUUAAGAAGGUGUCUUGGGAACUUGGUGGAAAUGCCCCCUUCAUUGUCUUUGACGAUGUGGAAGACCUUGAUGCUGCAGUUGCUGGAGCAGUUGCUUCUAAGUUCCGCAGUUCAGGCCAGACCUGUGUCUGCGCCAACCGCAUCUACGUGCAGAGAGGCAUUUAUGACGAAUUUGUGAAGCGCUUCGUUGAAAAGGUUAAAGGCUUCAAGGUCGGUGCUGGGUUCGAGGAAGGUAUUACCCAUGGCCCUGUCAUCCAUGAACGCGCCAUCGAAAAGAUCGACGAGCAUGUCCGCGAUGCCCAAUCGAAGGGAGCCAAGGUCGCUACUGGAGGCCGUAAAUUGUCAGACUUGGGCCCUAACUUCUAUGACAUGACUGUUUUGACCGAUAUGAACAAAGAUAUGUUGGUUGCCUCUGAGGAGACCUUUGGACCUGUGGCUGGAUUGUUCCCAUUCGAGACCGAGAAGGAGGUUGUUGACUUGGCGAACCGUGCAGAAGUUGGUCUGGCUGGUUACUUCUUCAGUGGCAAUGUCAAGCGCAUCUUCCGGGUUGCAGAAGCCUUGGAAGUGGGUAUGGUUGGUGUGAACACUGGCAUCAUCAGCGAUGUCGCUUCUCCGUUUGGUGGUGUCAAGCAGAGCGGAUUCGGCCGUGAGGGCAGUAAGUACGGCAUUGAUGAAUUCCUCACGAUCAAGAGUGUCACCUUUGGUGGCAUGGGCGAGCCUUUGCAGUCAUAGAGGGACAUAUAUGACAAAAUAUAUUAAACAAGUUAUGAACUCUCUCCUUAUGCGCGUAACUCUACGACGCUUAAAAAGGCUCAGCAGGUGAUAAGAGUUGCACAACGCGCCUUGGGUGGUCUUAUAGAUAAGACUCCCGCAAGCGCAUAG